CAGAAGUCCUGCUGAGAGUAUUCCAGUUAGUACUGAAGGAGCCUUCGCCUCCUACAGCUCUGGCCGGGGGAGCGGCGCUCAGGUCCUAGAUCCUCCUGCCCCAGGGACCCGUGCAUCCCUGGUGCGGGUCCUCACAUCCGUGGCCCCUCCUCAUCCCCCGGAGCUGGUCCUUUAAUCUUGAGCCCCCUGGCAACCUUGGUGUGCGUGUACCUAUCCUGAUCCUCGCUUGUCUCCGGUUUGGGUCCUCCUAUUCCUGGUUCCCAGAAUCCCUGAUUCGGAUCCUCCCAUCCCUGAUCUCUGGUGAUCCCUAGUGAACGUCCUCCACGGUUCCCUCUCCAAACCCUACUGGCUUCCUGGCUCCUGUACAGCUUCUCCAACGUUGGGCCGCUGAAAGCGCCAGGAGCCACAACACUGACAAUGAAUGGAGCACGGGCAUUUGGUAAUUGGAAGAUGGAGAGAGGAGCAGAAAAUGGAGAGCCUCCUGAAAUGAAGAUCAUCAAGGAGGCGUACGAGAAGGCCUUUAUGUUUGUCAAUAAAGGACUGAACACAGACGAAUUAGGGCAGAAGGAAGAGGCAAAGACCUAUUACAAGCAGGGAAUAGGGCACCUGCUUAGGGGCAUCAGCAUCGCGGCGGCAGAGCCAGGGCACACAGGCCCUGCGUGGGAGGCGGCCAGACAGAUGCAACAGAAAAUGAAGGAAACGCUUCAGAACGUCCGCACCAGGCUAGAGAUCCUGGAGAAGGGCCUCGCCACUUCUCUACGGAAUGACCUUCAGGACGUGCCCAAGUUAUACCCAGAGUUCCCUCCUAAAGGCACGUGCAAGAAGUCCCCAGAGGCCGAGUCAGCUCCCCAGCAUGCUGAAGUGGAUGGAAGCGCCUCAGCUGCGGGUGCUGGGCCAAGUGCCGCGCCUUCCGCUCUGCCCUUACCAUCGCCCGGCUGCCCUGCCGAAGCGCCACCGGCCUACACCCCACAGGCUGCCGAAGGCCACUACACUGUUUCCUACGGGACAGACUCUGGGGAGUUUUCAUCGGUGGGAGAAGACUUCUAUAGGAACCGUUCCCAGCCGCCCCCUCUUGAGACCUUGGGGCUCGAUGCAGAUGAGCUGAUCUUGAUCCCAAAUGGAGUGCAGAUCUUUUUUGUAAACCCUGCGGGAGAGGUCAGUGCUCCCUCAUACCCUGGCUACCUGCGGAUCGUGAGGUUCUUGGAUAAUUCUCUGGAUACAGUUCUGAACCGCCCUCCUGGAUUUCUCCAGGUGUGUGACUGGUUAUACCCUCUAGUUCCUGAUAGGUCACCAGUUCUCAAGUGCACCGUGGGAGCAUACAUGUUUCCAGACACCAUGUUACAAGCUGCCGGGUGCUUUGUGGGGGUUGUUCUCUCAUCUGAGCUCCCAGAAGAUGACAGAGAGCUGUUUGAAGAUCUGUUGAGACAGAUGUCUGACCUUCGGCUCCAGGCCAACUGGAAUAGAGAAGAAGAAGAAGAGGAAGAAGAAGAAGAAGAUGAAUUCCAAAUCCCUGGGAGAGUAAAGGAACUACCAAAGGAAGCGUCUGGCACUGAUGUCAGGCAGUCAAGUUCUUCAGGUUCUUCAAUAGACCAAGGCAGCAAGGAUGCACGCCAUAAAGGAAAGCGUGGGAAAAAGACUAAAGAUUCUUCAAGUGAAGAAGUUAAUCUGAGACAGAUCGUGCCUUGUGAGCCGAGUUCAGAAGAAAAAUCGAAAGACCUGCCUGAAUGGAGCGAGAAAGUGGCCCACAACAUUCUGUCAGGUGCUUCCUGGGUGAGCUGGGGUUUGGUCAAAGGUGCUGAAUUUACUGGCAAAGCAAUUCAGAAAGGUGCUUCUAAACUCAGAGAGCGCAUUCAGCCAGAGGAAAAGCCAGUGGAAGUGAGUCCAGCUGUUACCAGGGGCCUCUACAUAGCGAAGCAGGCAACUGGAGGAGCCGCAAAAGUCAGUCAGUUCCUGGUUGAUGGCGUCUGCACAGUAGCGAAUUGUGUUGGCAAAGAACUCGCUCCACAUGUCAAGAAGCAUGGAAGCAAACUCGUUCCAGAAUCUCUGAAGAGAGACAAAGAUGGGAAGUCUACCCUGGAUGGCGCCAUGGUUGUGGCAGCAAGUAGUGUUCAAGGAUUCUCAACUGUCUGGCAGGGACUGGAAUGUGCAGCUAAAUGCAUCGUUAACAACGUGUCUGCAGAAACUGUACAGACUGUCAGAUACAAGUAUGGGCACAACGCAGGAGAAGCUACACAUAAUGCGGUGGACUCGGCUAUCAAUGUUGGGGUCACUGCCUACAAUAUUGACAACAUCGGUAUCAAAGCCAUGGUGAAGAAAACUGCCAAGCAGACAGGGCACACUCUCCUUGAGGACUACCAGAUCAUUGAGAGCCCUCAGAGGGAAAGUCAGGGAGGAGCAACGAGCACAGAAGGGACAAGAGAUGUGGAGAGGAAGAUGGAGGAAGAGAAGAAAGGGGCAAAAAAGAAAGAUAAAUAACAGGUGUUCUGGGAGUGACCCGCACCAAAGCCUUACCAGAUGGAGGGGUGUGGAGAGGAUGUGGAUUCUCCACAGAAGAACAGCAUCUUCUGUCAGUUCAUUCCUACCAAGUGACUGUUGGAAGUUUGGGGCAUGUAUCCACUUACAAGGAAAAUAAUCAGUAUUCUUACAUCUGGCUUCUAGACAUAUGCAGUUUGUAGUCUCAGUAAGUUUAUUUUCCCUUAAAUGUGGCUAAAGUAUUUUUGCAGUUAAAUAAAGCUUGUAAUAUAUGUGAUUUAAACCUAAUGUCCAUCUAUUUUUCUAUGUGCUAGCCUUCAGAAGGCACAGUAGGAAACUGCACAUGAUCUACAGCCCCCUGAGCUCUGGUCUUACCAGGAAACGACUGAAUGUCGAUGCCUUUCUUUUGCACUAAUUGUGGGUCUUUUGAGAUGCCCAGCAGCAUAUAAGCUAAACAAAACUGUGAUCUUAAAGUUUGUUCUCAGAUGAUGUUCUAGAAAAUUUUCUCAAAUGGGGAAGAGCUUGGCCAUGAAAGUGCCUUGAAGCUCUGUAAUGUUUCACUUACUUGCUAGCUCUCCUGCCUCCUAGGAAACCAAAAUGGCCUUGUAGUUUAAACUGAAGAAAAUGCAUCUUUAAGUCUUUAGGGUUGAGGCUAGGCACUAUUUUGAUAGAAUGAUUUCUAUUAAUUCUUCGGGAAUUUUGUACAAAUAUAAAUGUGUUUUGAUUGUAUCUCCCUACAACCCCCAGCUCCCCCAGGUCCACACCUUACCCCCCUCCCAGCUUCACUCUCUUUUGUGUGUUUGUUUUAAAUAAUCCAGUCUGUGCUGCCCAUAUGAUCAUGGGUGUGGGGCCAUCCACUGGAGGUUGGUUCAUCUGCCACGGACCUUGUUCCUCAGAAGCCACCAACUGUCAGUAGCUCCUCAGCUGGGCUGGGGCUUGUGAGACCCUGCCCACUGCAAGCUGGAGUGCUGGCUGGUUUGAGCCUGUGGAGGUGGCCUCAGCUGCUAUGAGUGUAAGGGUCCUAUUGUACCCAGAAGAUGUCAGUUUAUCCAUGCCUCCUGGACUUCUGACUCUUACAGUCUCUCACUCCUCUUCUUCCAUGUUCCCUGAGCUUUAUGGGAGGGGAGGAGUGUGGUAUAGACUAGGGAAUUUUGAAAUAUGAUUAGUAUUCUCUUAAAAUUUGAAUUGAUUGUUAAUGGCAUUAAAUCACUUUUUGAUAUCUGCUUCUGUAAAUUUUUCCUAAAUUUCUGGAAAGUAAAACACAAACAUUGCAUUUACUAAGUGUAAUGUAUCUGUCAGUCAUUAGAAUUUAUACUAAAAGCCAGGAAGUGAUGAGAGAAUCCUGUCUUUACCACAGUAAAGAACAUGGUACCCUUUGGUGGGUAGUCCCCACUUCUGCAGAACACAGGAUGGACAUUUACCAGUUUUCUUUUAAGUUACAAAUAUAUACUUAAAUACUCAUGGCAUUUUAUUUCUGUUAACUUUAAAAGGCUGAUACUGGUUUUUAAGGUUUUUGCCUGUUGUAGUCAUUUCUGAACCUGUAGUUGGCUAGCAUAUGGAUUUCAUUUGGAAUUGGUUAGUGAAUGUGCUUUGCGAAUAAAAUGGUUUCUGAAUU